UCCCCUCCGCGACAGUUUCCCGAGGUGCUAGUCUGUAAGCUACAGAGAAGAGAGUUCGUGCGGAGCAAGAUGGCCGACGUGCUGGAUCUUCACGAGGCUGGGGGCGAGGAUUUCGCCAUGGAUGAGGAUGGGGACGAGAGCAUCCACAAAUUGAAAGAAAAAGCAAAGAAACGGAAGGGCCGUGGCUUUGGCUCUGAAGAGGGAUCCCGAGCGCGGAUGCGUGAGGAUUAUGACAGUGUGGAGCAGGAUGGCGAUGAACCUGGACCACAGCGCUCCGUGGAAGGCUGGAUUCUCUUUGUCACUGGAGUCCACGAGGAAGCCACUGAAGAAGACAUCCAUGACAAAUUCGCAGAAUAUGGGGAAAUCAAAAACAUCCAUUUGAACCUAGACAGGCGAACAGGAUACCUGAAGGGAUAUACUCUGGUUGAGUAUGAAACAUACAAAGAGGCCCAGGCUGCUAUGGAGGGACUUAAUGGCCAGGAUUUGAUGGGACAGCCGAUCAGCGUGGACUGGUGUUUUGUUCGAGGUCCACCCAAGGGCAAGAGAAGAGGUGGCCGAAGACGCAGCAGGAGCCCAGACCGGAGGCGCCGCUGACGGUUCCUCUUGUCCAGGUGGUCUCUCCAAGAUUCCAUCCGGCCAUGCAGCCGUGGAGAACUACAGCUGGGUGGAACUGUUUGUAUUUAAUCUCUUAACCCCUAUCUGUGUACUGUUUCUUUUGAAUUAUUAAUAAAUGAUUUGUUUUCUACAUUUAAAA